GUGUUUCCCCGUCCCCCUCUGUCUUUUCCCAGCUCAGUCCAGCAUGUCUGUCUCAUUCACAGAUCCUGACCUCAAACCAACCUACGAGGCCCUCAUUCAGGGCUCCGCCGCCUACGACUGGGUACUCUUCAAUCAGCCAGGCAAUGAGCUCAAGUUGCAAGCCACCGGAAAUGGUCUGGAAGACCUCGAGGAAGAGUUCAUGGAUGGGCGCAUCCAGUACGCCUUCGCCAGGAUCAGAGACCCCACUAGCAAACUCGACAAAUUUGUGUUGAUUUCCUGGUGUGGCGAUGGCGUUCCUGAGUUCAAAAAGGGUCUCUAUUUCACCCAGUCCGCUCAAGUACAGAACAAAUUCCUCAAGGACGCCCAUCUAGUGAUUCAAGCCCGCUCUGAACUUGAUGUUGCUCCUUCGCACAUCCACAAGCGUAUCCAAGAGUCGUCGGGGUCCAAAUAUUCCUCGUCGGCAGCAGCUGCUCCCGGUAUCAACGCCGCAUCAUCUGUUAAGCCGGCUCCCAGUUACAGACCGAGCCAAGGCCUUGGAGGAUCUCAAGGCAAGCCCACAGCUGUCGCAACUCCCACGUCGACCUUUCGUGCCCCUUCUCCUCAACACGCACCAGCCGCUAAUGCUGUAGCGCCUUCUCGUUUGCCAGCCACCCGUGAGGAUAAACCCAUAAACAGUGGCCUGAAGUCCUCCCCUACCACUGCAGCUUCCGGACCUGCCAAGACCUCCGCCUCUACCAUUUCAGCUUCUGAACCUGCCAAGCCCGUCGCCGAAGACCGCAUCACACCAGUAGGCACGGCCUACACGCCCAUCAAACUUCAGCCGGGCAAGCUCACUGGUCGAUGGAAUCCUGGUGGUAUCCAAGAGGAAAGGAGCGAAGAGUCUCCUGUCAAGAUCCCCAGUAUCAAGGACAGGAUGGCUGCAUUCUCCGGUGGCCAUGUGUCCACUCCCGUCCUUCCUCAACCCAGUGGCAAUAAGCUAACUUGGUCCGCGAGACAGGCGGAAGCCAAGAAACAGAGAGAGGAAGAGGAAAAGGAGAGUGCCGCUGCGUCCAACGAUAAAGUGAUAUCUCCUGCCCCGACUGGCAGCCGGGCUAUGCCCCCUGUACCUAGGCCGUCAAUGCCUGUGACAUCGAGCGACCUUUCUGCUGCAGCCCCCAGCCCGCCUUCUGCUUCCGCCACUAUUAGUCCCCCAUCUGCACCGGCAGCUCCAGUUCCUGAUGCCUCAGCUAUGCCUUCUGUGAUUAGGAGUUCGGUACCACCUCGCGCUGCUUCUCCCGACUCGGACGAGGAAAAAUCGGAUGACGAUGACUGGGGGGCUCCCCCGCCUCCCCCUCCUCCUGUACCCUUCAAACCCGAACCUGUCACGGAGAUUGAGCCGGACGCACCUGUUGCUGCACAGCCUCCCCCUCCCCCUCCCCCUCCACCCCCUCCUCCUCCUCCGGCCGCGCCUGCUCAACCUGCCAACUCUUCAGACCCUCAAGUUGACGAGCUUGAGCGGCUCAAGCAGGAUCUCACUUUGGUGGAAACUCCUAUUACUGGCCCUCCUCCGCCCAUUCCCGAGGCGUCUCGACCUAGGACAAUUGAGCCCGCUUCGGAGCCUUCUCCGGCAGGUAAAAGAGCGAAGGUCCUGUACGACUAUGAUGCUGCUGAGGACAAUGAACUUUCUCUGAGGGAAGACGAUAUUAUUACUCAGAUUGAGCAGUUGGACGAAGGUUGGUGGUCCGGGACAAAUGCUGAUGGUCAAUCGGGCCUCUUCCCUGCCAACUAUUGUGAACUUAUUGAGGACGACAGCGCUCCAGCCGCGAAUCCCCAAUACCAAGUUGAGCCCGAGGCCGAAUUGGAGACAGAACCUACUAUAAUUGAUGCCUCGCCCCCAUCUCCACCCCCGCCACCUCCACCCCCUCCACCUCCUGCCUCCUCUUCCUACGCCAAAGACACCGUGAUGAUUGCUGCGUACGAUUACGACGCGAGCGAAGAUAACGAGUUAUCUUUCAAGGAGGGUGAUCAGAUUACAGACAUUGAAAAGAUUGAUCCUGAUUGGUGGCAAGGGAAAUGCAACGGGCAGGAAGGUCUUUUCCCUGCGGCAUAUGUUGUGUCGCCUGACGAGUAUCCUCCUCAAGACUAGACGCGGAAUAAGCGAAUCAAUUAAAUUCUACUACACAUAUGACUUAGAAACAUCUGAUGAAUUGAGUCGAUGGAUU